CAAAUCUGAAACUUAUAUAAAUUGGGCUUCGCGCGCCGCAGCCCGGGAGAGUCAGAAAGGCGAGGGGCGCCGGGAGCAGGCGUGUGGGACUCCUGACCGGAGAGCCGGAGGCUGCGCCUUCCCCGCACCGGGACCUUCGCUACACACCAGACCCUCGUCCCUGCCCCGCGCAGCGCCCAAGAUGACCACCACCCUCGUGUCUGCCACCAUCUUCGACUUGAGCGAAGUUUUAUGCAAGGGUAACAAGAUGCUCAACUAUAGUACUCCCAGUGCCGGGGGUUGCCUGCUGGACAGGAAGGCAGUGGGCACCCCUGCCGGUGGGGGCUUCCCCCGGAGGCACUCGGUCACUCUGCCCAGCUCCAAAUUCCACCAGAACCAGCUCCUCAGUAGCCUCAAGGGUGAGCCAGCCCCAGCUCUGAGCUCUCGGGACAGCCGCUUCCGAGACCGCUCUUUCUCAGAAGGGGGCGAGCGGCUGCUGCCCCCCCAGAAGCAGCCGGGAAGCGGCCAGGUCAACUCCAGCCGCUACAAGACGGAGCUGUGCCGCCCCUUCGAGGAGAACGGAGCCUGUAAGUACGGCGACAAGUGCCAGUUCGCCCACGGCAUCCACGAGCUCCGAAGCCUGACCCGCCACCCCAAGUACAAGACGGAGCUGUGCCGCACCUUCCACACCAUCGGCUUCUGCCCCUACGGGCCCCGCUGCCACUUCAUCCACAACGCCGAGGAGCGCCGUGCCCUGGCCGGGGCCCGGGACCUCUCUGCUGACCGUCCCCGCCUCCAGCAUAGCUUUAGCUUUGCUGGGUUUCCCAGUGCCGCCGCCACCGCCGCUGCCACGGGGCUGCUGGACAGCCCCACAUCCAUCACCCCACCCCCCAUCCUGAGCGCCGAUGACCUCCUGGGCUCACCCACCCUCCCCGAUGGCACCAAUAACCCCUUCGCCUUCUCCAGCCAGGAGCUGGCGAGCCUCUUUGCCCCUAGCAUGGGGCUGCCCGGGGGUGGCUCCCCGACCACCUUCCUCUUCCGGCCCAUGUCUGAGUCCCCUCACAUGUUUGACUCUCCCCCCAGCCCUCAGGAUUCUCUCUCGGACCAGGAGGGCUACCUGAGCAGCUCCAGCAGCAGCCACAGUGGCUCAGACUCCCCUACUUUGGACAACUCAAGACGCCUGCCCAUUUUCAGCAGACUUUCCAUCUCAGAUGACUAAACCAGGGUCUGCAGGAAGGAAGACUGCAAAAGCGGAUGAAGAUUGUGACAUAAGUGGGACUUUGUGAUUUAAUUUUUUUCUUUUUUAAGUGGGGAGGAAGGGGAAGCUAGAUGGACUAUGAGAGACUUGAUUUUGGUGCUAAAGUUCCCCAGUUCAUAUGUGACAUCUUAAAAAAUAACAACAAAAAGAGAGAAAAGCUUAAAAAAAAAACAUGUAAGGGGUGAGCAGUUAAUGGUAUUCAUUCCACAUACAAUAUCUGUGUAAAACGAUUUCCUGUAGAAGUAGCUUUAAUGGUUUUUGCUCUAGAAUACCGUAGGUCUAUCCUUAGAGCACUCACGCCAUGCUUUUUUCCCUGGGUUUUAAACUUCAUAUAACUUUCAGAAAUUGGAGAGCAAAAAUUUUGCUUGUCACUGCACAUCAAUAUAAAAAAGCUUAUUUAACUUAUCAAAACGUAUUUAUUGCCAAACUAUGCUUUUUUUUUGUUAAUUUUGUUCAUAUUUAUCGGGAUGACAAAUCCAUAGAAUAUAUUCUUUUAUGUUAAAUUAUGAUCUUCAUAUUAAUCUUAAAAUUUUGUGACGUGUCUUUUUCCUUUUUUUCCACAGUUUUAAUAUAUUAUUCUUCAACGACAUUUUUUGUAACUUUACACUUUUUUUGGUUAUUUUAUUUUAAAAAAAUGAAAAAUUAAUUUAAAAAAAUGCAAAAAACUGUUGGAUUAUUUAUUUUAGAAAUUUCCCCCCUUUGUGUUGGACUGCAAAUUGAGUUUCUUUCUCUUUUGGCCUUUCACAACUAGGACUGAGAAUGUAUGUAAAAGUUCUGUGACAGUACAGAAGGAAGACAACUUCUUAUGUAUAGCUUCUAAAAGGGAAAAAAAAAAAAAAAGAAACCCUUUGACUUCCACGUGCCCAUCUCAAGACAUUCCGAUUGCAGAUUUGAGGUUCUGGAUUCCAGGUUUUGGAGUUUUCCAAUGUUAAUACAAACAGAACUGGCACACCACACAUUAAGAUGAAUGUAAUUAUUAUUCCUCUUGCUGGUCACUACCGUCGCUUUCUAUUUCUCUUUCUUUGUGUGAAUUUAUUUAAAAAAAAACUUUUUGUAACGACUAUUUGCAGUUUAAAAAUCAAUAAACCCAUUUUUUUUCAAGAAACA